CUUAAAUAGGAAUAUCCUCUCUCUACUCUUCCUUCUCUCUCUGCUUGUCGGGUCUUGCGUGUCUCACAACGAAGCAAGAUCCACGCAGACUGAACGUCAUUCGAGCCGACUUCCAGGUUUGCGCACUGAUUAGGAUUUUACGGGAUGGAUAGCAUGCACAGCUUUUGGCAACUGGGUGAUGACCUUCGAGGACAAUCGAAGGUCUCAGUCUCAGAUGAUCACAAAUGGUUGAUGGCUGCUUCAAAAUUGGCCGAACAGACAGGAUUGAAGGGUGAACGAAUGAAUAACCUUGAUCUUUCAAAGGGCCUAUCUGAAAUUAGGCCAAGGGAAAAGUUUGCGUCUCAGGAAGACAACAAAUUUGAAAGUAUCAACCUUAGCUUUAACAUGUUGAACUUGGAGAGCAAGCUGAUGGAAAAUGUAAGCAAAAGUUCUCUCAGGAACAGUAUCUACAAUAUGAAUGCAGUCUACCCAAAAAACAUUGGGAGCAAUGCAGGAAUCCUGACUGCUAACAAGUAUGGUGGCAAUAAUCACACUAAUAAAGACCCCAAUAGCAACAGUAACAACAUUGAACACAACAAUGCAACAAAUGCUGUUGAAAAAAGGUUCAAGACUUUGCCUGCAACAGAGACACUCCCACGGAAUGAGGUCCUUGGAGGAUACAUCUUUGUUUGUAACAACGAUACAAUGCAAGAGGAUCUAAAGCGUCAGCUAUUUGGUUUACCGCCGAGGUAUAGGGAUUCUGUUCGGGCAAUAACACCUGGUUUACCGCUGUUUCUCUAUAACUACAUCACCCACCAGUUGCAUGGAAUUUUUGAGGCUGCAAGUUUUGGGGGUUCUAACAUUGAUCCUACAGCUUGGGAGGACAAAAAAUGUAAAGGCGAGUCUAGGUUUCCAGCUCAGGUGAGAAUCCGGAUCAGGAAACUCUGCAAGGCGCUGGAAGAAGAUUCUUUUAGGCCUGUAUUGUAUCACUACGAUGGACCAAAGUUCCGUCUUGAGUUGUCAGUACCUGAGACCCUGGAUCUAAUGGACCUUUGCGAACAAGCAGGUACUGCAGAGAAGUGAAUGGUCCGCAAAAUGGUAGGAUAUGUGCUGUGCGCAACUGUUGCCUGCUAUUGAAAAAAAUUCCAUAGAGCGCAAGCUUGGAGUUUAAGGUGGUUUUUGGUGAAUAAUCUUGAGAAAAGAGAGUGCUUUAGAGCCAAUUAAAUUAGUACAUGUGGGCAAUGUAGAUGGUUGAGAGUGUUUGUGUAAGGUGUGGUAGUGCUGUAAUCUUAUGUAAUAUGUAAGCUAUUGAAAGUUGGGUUCAUCAAAGGAUGAAGGCCUUGAUGGUGUCUAUUUUGUGCAUGUAACCAGAGUUCCUGACUGAUUGGCCAUUGUGUGUGCUGUGCUGUGUUUAUCUCCAUUUCAGAGGAACUGUGAACAUCUCAGGCCAUCUGAAAGUUUUAAUUUUCUUUGAACUAUCAAGUUUUCAUUUGCUGAAUCUGUUGCAAAAUUUGUACUCUUA